GACACUACUCACUGGGCUGAAACCUCUGCUCUGCAGUCAGACCCUUCUUGAGUUCACCGUUCUGUUUUGCGCCGCUGCGGCACCAAUCGAAAUUUGCUUGCAGUCGCCGAAAGAGGGCGCCGCCUCGCCCCAUACUGUGCCCACGGCAUUACGUAGUGCUUUUAAGCCCAGUGUUUUAGACGCCACCCUUUCUCUCGUCGCAAGGAGAUCCUAUAUAAACAAAAUCAGUGUCUCUAACAUCGGGGGUCAGAGUGGUGUUCUGCGUUUUUGCAGAAGUGAAAGCGGAGAAGGAGAGGCCGCGCGCGGCAUGUAGGCGGAGACGGCCGGACGCGCAAGGCUUACGGCCCGGGGUAAGCUCGGCAUCGGUGCGAUCGCCGGGCGAACUGGCCGCGACCUCCCCCCCCCCCCAUGAUAUGCACUCGAAUGAUGGCGACGCUGGCGGAGCAUGACCUAGCAUUGGCCGAGGCGGAGGGUAAUAAGGAGAAGGAGCAGGUUUUCGGGGUGCUCAGGCUACAGGAGGAGAAACCGGCCGACAAAUGCGCCGCCGCCACCGUUGCAUCCAAAGCGCCGGACGGUCGCUGGCAGGCGCCCAUAUUCGCCCUGGCCAGGAAGGCGUCGGAGACAUUCUCCGGGAGCAUGCACGUCCUUCCCAAGGUGGUGGAGCAGAAGACAUCCGCUUUGGCGGAUGAGUGGGGUGCAAAGGUGAUGAGGGACCCCAUGGCCAUGGAGAGAGCCAACCUGCUGAACAUGGCAAAAUUGAGCAUCAAGGGCCUCAUCGAAUCAGCCCUUAGCUUCGGACGCACGCUUGACUCUGACUACCCGCCCCUGCAGCAAUUCUUUGUUGUCAUGGAGCACUGCCUGAAACACGGCCUCAAAGUUAGGAAGUCCUUCCUGGGAUAUAGCAAGUCUCUCUGGGGCCCCUUAGAGGUGGUGGAGCGGCUGUGUCCCGAGGCAGCUGAGAUCGCCGCCAGUGUACGCGACCUGCCAGGACUCAAGACACCUCUGGGCCGCGCGCGUGCCUGGCUCCGCCUCGCCCUCAUGCAGAAGAAGCUGGCUGACUACCUUCGCUGCCUCAUCACCCGGAAGGACCUGCUGAGUGACUUCUAUGAGAGCUCCGCUGUGAUGCUGGAGGAGGAGGGCGCGGUUAUCGUCGGCCUGCUGGUGGGACUCAAUGUCAUCGAUGCCAAUCUGUGUGUGAAGGGUGAGGACCUGGACUCACAGGUUGGAGUAAUAGACUUUUCCAUGUACCUGAAGAAUGACAUUGAUGACUACAGGAGUGAAGAAAGAAAUGGUCAAAUUGCUGCUAUUCUGGACCAGAAGAACUAUGUGGAGGAGCUUAAUAGGCAACUUAACUCUACGGUUCAAAGCCUCCAAGGCCGGGUUGACUCACUGGAAAAGUCCAACACUAAGCUCAUCGAGGAGCUGGCAAUAGCCAAAAACAACAUCAUCAAGCUGCAAGAGGAGAACCACCAGCUCCGGAACGAGAAUGCCUUCAUUCUGGUGAAGGCCCAGCAGCACCUGGAGCAGAUGGCCCAGGGAGACGUGGACGUGGAACUGGACACCUAUAAGCAGUCCCGGCAAGGUCUGGAUGAGAUGUACAACGAGGCCCGGCGGCAGCUCCGGGAAGAGUGCCAGCUUCGCCAGGAUGUGGAGAACGAGCUGGUGGUGCAGGUCAGCAUGAAACAGGAGAUGGAGCUAGCCAUGAAGCUGCUGGAAAAGGACAUCCACGAGAAGCAGGACACCCUUAUUGGCCUUCGGCACCAGCUGGAUGAGGUCAAGGCCAUCAAUGUGGAGAUGUACCAGAAGCUGCAGCACUCCGAUGAUAGCCUCAAGCAGAAGAGUGACAUCAUCACCCGGUUGGAAGAGAAGACCAAUCAAAUCACAGCAACCAUGAAACAGCUGGAACAAAGAUUGCAGGAGGUGCAGCAGGAGCACUGGAGCGCAGAGGAUGGGGCACGCAGGUUCAAAGAGGACCUUGCCAACAAGACGGACAGCUUGCAGAGGCAGAUCGCCCAGCGCGAGAGGCAGCUGCUUCAGCUGGAAACAGACUUAAAGAUUGAGAAAGAGUGGAGACAGACCCUGCAGGGUGACCUGGACCGUGAGCAUGAGGCUGUGAGCCAGCUAAGCACCGAGGCCAAACAGAUUAUUGGGCUUAGAAAGGAGUUCUAUGAGCUGCAGGAUGAGAACCAGCAGCUGAAGGGGUUCUGUGAGGAGCAGGAACAAGCCCUCCAGGAACUUGGCUCCAAACUCAGCGAGUCAAAGCUGAAAAUAGAAGAUAUGAAGGAAGCUAACAAAGCACUACAGGGGGGACAGGUUUGGCUGAAAGACCGGGAUGCCACACACUGCAAGCUGUGUGAGAAGGAGUUCUCCAUCUCCAGGAGAAAGCACCACUGCAGGAACUGCGGUGAAAUCUUCUGUAACGCCUGCUCUGACAACGAGCUGCCCCUGCCUGCCUCCCCAAAGCCUGUCAGAGUGUGUGACACAUGCCAUGCCCUCCUGCUCCAGCGCUGCUCCUCCAAUGUCACCUGAGGAGUGGGGCCUGCCCCAUGUGUCCUCUUAGGCCCCUCCCCUCCAAUCUUAACCCUGCUGCAGGGCAGUUGUGGCCAGUCCCCUAAAGGGUCUCUGUGGAUGUCGUGUUUACAGGAAGUCAACUUUCACUUACUUCCUUCCAUCUUUAGCAUGCUUCAGAACCUUGUGCCAAACUGCCCAGAUUAUUUAACGCUUUGUAAUUCAUGCCAUAAACAAUAAAGGGAAGCUGUCCAACCCUCAAGGGUGGACAGGUCCGAAACACUAUCUAUCCUUAGCAGAACCUAUAACCUUUUAACUUUAGAAUCGAGUUCAUUUGUACCGGUAGGUGAGGGAAGUUACUUUGUGAAAGAUUCACAUGUGCCUCAAAUUUUCAGGUGAUGCCACCAAAAGUAACAGGGCAAAUAUGUCAAUGUAAACUUUACUUAUGCAGGGAAAAGGGCAGAUAGUUUUACCUAGGACCAGAGAGGGGGCUUCACAACGUGUGUGUGUGUGUGUGUGUGUGUGAGGGGUGGGGGUUGGAAGUUUGUGCUGUUACCCAGAAACCACCCCCCCACCCGUUCUGAAAACAACAGCACAAAGCACAGCAUCUUUCAUUUUCUGUAAUUUAAUUCUUGUGGUUAUGUGAAAUUGUUUAAAAUUGCACCAAUUUAGAAGCCAGAUUUUUUUUUCCCCCUAAAACUGGAAUCUGUACUGUGGAUGUCUGUUUCAUGGUGCUCUUUGGUGUAAGAGAACAACACGUGAUGUUUUUGGUAAAAUAGGUGCCAAAUACCAUACACAUGGCAAUGUACUGAAACUACUCUUACUGAGCACUAAACUUUCUGUAUAGCUGUAUAAACGUUUUAUUUAAUAAACAGGAUUUUUAUUUCAAAUAUGGAAUGGGUGAAGGCAAUGGGGUAAAUUGAAUGACUGCACUUACCUAGUGUACACAAACCUGUGACAUUAUUUUUAACUGCAAUUAAUAUGCUGCCUUUUUCAGAAAUUUGUGUACUGCCUAUUUGAUUACAGUAUGAAUUUAAUAUGGUUUCUGUUUAGUAUGUUGACCUGUGUACACUUAUGUUAUUGGAUGAUUCAUUAUUACUAAACUUUGUUCUGGGACACAGA